AUGGUAAAGCUGAGUGCAGCCCCUGACCGGGAUCUGGGUACCCUCUGGUUAAACCACAGCUGGUUGGUGCCGGCAGGGCAGUGUGAUACCAAGCCCUGUCUGGACAAAUAUGUGGAAGCUGCCGACCAGCAGUACAGGCGCUUUCAGGAGGGCUACCUCUGGGCCAUCCUGAUGGCAGAGUUCCUGGUGGCGGCAGGGGGCAAUGGCCUGGCCCUGUACCGCUUUAUCACCAAAGAGCAAAGGCCCUGGCACCCAGCUGUGGUGUUCUCUGUACAGCUGGCAGUCAGCAACCUGUGCUACGCACUCACACUGCCUCCUCUAGCAGCCUACUUCUACCCACCAAAAAACUGGAGCUUUGGGGAGGUGGCCUGCCGUCUGGAGCGCUUUGUCUUCACCUGCAACCUGCUGGGUGGCAUCUUCUUCAUCACCUGCAUCAGCCUCAGCAGAUACAUGGUGGUGGUACACCCUUUCUUUACACGGAGACACCUGCGACCCAAGCAUGCCUGGAUUGCCACUGCUGCCAGCUGGGCCAUGGCCAUCCUGCUGGCGGCCCCCAUGCUUGGCUUCUCCCACCAGAAGGAGCCCCAGUCAGACCUUGGGACAUGUAGUAGGCUCAAUCCUGAGGCCUGUGUCAAGUGCCUGGGGAUGAUGGAGGACAGCCAGCUAGGGGCCUUCAGAACCUACAGCUUGGUGCUGGCAUGCCUGGGAGGCAUCCUGCCUCUGCUGCUCACACUAAUGGCCUACGGUGCACUGGGGUGGGUGGUACUGCGCAGCCCAGGUAUGACCACAGCCCAGAAGCUACAUGUGGUAGUGCUGGUGACCAGUGGUGUGGCUCUCUAUGCCUGCUCCUAUGUGCCCUACCACAUCACACGAGUGAUCCAUGUGGACGCCAUGUUGCACUGGACGGCUCGCUGCCCCAACUUCACUAGUGUGUCACAGGCUGUGGCAGAGCUGGACCUGAGGGCCUUCUUUGGCUACCAGACAACACGCAUCCUUGUGCCCCUGGCUACAUGCAUGCACCCCCUGGUCUACAUGGCAGUGGCACCCAGCCUGGACUGCCACCCAUGCCACCGGAACCCUGAGGACAAGAGCCCUCGCCAAGACUUGCCUGUAGCAGGUACAACUACUCACCAAGGCCAGCUGAGCCCAUGACCCAUCUAACUGAAGCCUCCUCGCCAGAAGAUGGUUGAGACAACAGCCCUGAAGUAGCAAGGGUCCCCCCACAACCUCACCAGUGGAGGCUACC